AUGGGGUACGCGGCUCAUACUCUAGUGUCGCCACAAGGGCACGGGGGAGGAGACUUAGCUCUCUUCUGGAAGCAAGAGAUUGAGAUGGAGAUGCUCCACACCUGCAAAAAUUUCAUAGAUACAAAAGUGGGAGAUAGAACAGACCCGUGGCUCCUAACGGGAGACUUCAAUGAGAUCAUAGAUGCCUCAGAGAAAAAGGGAGGACCACCAAGACCGGAGGGAUCUUUUGUAGACUUCAGGACCUUCAUGUCAGAGUGUGAUCUAUACGACCUGAGGUACUCCGAAAACUUUCUCUCAUGGAGGGGACAAAGAAAUGAGCAUCUAGUCAGAUGUAGAUUGGACAGAGCAAUGUCAAAUAGUACAUGGGCAGAAGAGUAUCCAACAGGAAAAUGCGAAUACCUUAAGUUUGAGGGAUCAGACCACAGACCAAUCAUUACAAUUUUUGAUCCAUUGAGAAAGAGGAAGAAAGGGCUCUUCCGCUACGAUAGAUGGCUACGAACGAAUGAAGAAGUCCAAAGACUAGUGUUUAAAGCCUGGAACACAAGAGCUACAGAUACAGUGGAUCAGAAAGUAACCAGAUGUAGAAGUGCCAUUAUAAAAUGA